AUGUGGAGGAAGACAAUCAUAAUCAAACCACCUCAACCUCCUCACCGAAAAGUAGAAUGUCUAUCCUCGAAUCCUGAAGUGAAGACCAUGGAGCAGCUUAUAGAACUGGAUCUGAAGUUCUCAAAAGCGCCUGAUACUUCCUUUCCAUAUAGAUCUGAGGAGCAUUACGCUGGUACUCUUCCCACUACACGUUCCCCGUCAACAUGUUUCACGCCUUCAACCUCAUCUACCACUGCAUUGUCUUCAUCCAGUCCUCGAUCGUCAACACAUUCAUCGGAUUCCCGAUGCUCUCAUGCUUCAUCACUCGGGAGAUUGAAACCUGCCGAGAAGUCCAAGCUCAACCUGGAAACAUGUCGGAUUGACUUAUCCCACCAAUUGCCGACCCCUCCUGGGUCAGAAUCACCCAUUUCUUCUAGUUUCCAUUCCCCGUCACAGUCCCAUAUCUUCUGCUAUUUGACGACUAUGAACGAUAUCAAGGGAGUCGGACUAGUUGCAUCUGGAUAUAUCAAAAAGGGUACGUUGAUAGUCAAGCAAUCACCUCUUCUGACGGUGACAAUGGGAGAUAUCAACGAGGUUCUCGUCUUCGAUCACGUAUACCCACAGUAUUUCAAAUUACCAAAAAAUCAACGUGAUAAGGUCAUGACAUUUCACAGGAGAACCGAUCAAGCAGCAGAAAAAGACGAAUUGGUUAAUAUCAUCGAAACAAACGCUAUACCACUUCAGGGUGAUCCUAGUGAAGAAGCUAAAAGCUUGGGUCUAUUUGAAACAAUCGGUAAAAUCAAUCAUAGUUGUGCACCUAAUUCCGGAUGGUCAUGGUACGAGGAAGGAAAAAUGCUUCAUUUGUACGCCUACGACGAUAUAUCGCCUGGUUCUGAAAUCACUGUUUCUUAUAUCCAAGAUGUAACGGCCCCUUGUCUGGACAGGCAGCAAGAGCUUUUAAGUGGACAUGGCUUUCUAUGUAUAUGUUCCGCUUGUUGCAACCCUACUUCCAAGAUCAUAGCUUCAGAUAGAAAUCUCGAGAUGUAUCAAAUCUUGAGAAACAAAUGGCUUUCAGUACCAAUCAGGACGUACGCAUUCCCCUUGACUAGAGCUUUGAGAGAUUUGGAUUUAGCUUUGGACAUACUUGGACAAGAGAAGAAGGUCGAUGGAUGUGGAGAGGUUUAUGAUCUACUCUUCGAAGCUUAUGCAAUACAUGGUCGAAAAGAAGAAGCGAAAAAUCAUGCUAGAAAGGCUUUACGUCAUUAUUCGACUGUCUGGGGUGCAGCAAAAGCAGAGAAGUAUACAGAGUACAAAGCUCUAAUGGCAGACCCUUCUUUGUAUGUUGAUUGGGCAUCAUUGAGAAGUGAAGACGAAUGGCAAGAAAACAGAGUGAAAAGGAUGAAGCUGUCCGGACGGACGAUAAAAGUGAGUAAAUACAGUUUCCGAACAGAUUUCAGGAUGUAA